AUGAGGAAUGAAAUGAACGCUGGCCGGAUACACGUGCAAGGCUUGUUAAUAUUUGAGUUGGCAAAGCACGAAGACGACUAUUCUAGUAGAAGGGGGGAGUGUACUCCGCAGUCGAGUGGGCCGGGGGAGCAGGCAGACGACUCUGAGGAGCACGAGGGAUCUAUAGUGGACGACAUCCCAAAGGCGGCAUCCAGUCUCACGCGGGAAACGGCAAGUCAUAGCCGCCCGACUCUCUCCUCUCCUUUCGACCUACUCUCUCUCAUCUUCUCAUCGAGAGCGACAGUGAACACCGCAUACAGACGGACGACAAUGACCGGUAUGAAAAUGGAAAAACGACAAACACAGAGAGCGACGUCAGAGAAUGCGUGUUGGACCUUUGGUGCCUCUCGCAUGCCGGCACAGUGCCCCGGCAUUGCUAUGUCUCUCUUCUUUAAACCUGUCUUAUCCCAUCCAUCUUGCAUCGCUGUUGUCUCUCCUGACAGCGUAUAAUUGCUUGACUUGGUCGACACAUGCGCUCGGGACACCAACUGCGCAUGAUUUUUUGACGUCCCUCCUCCGGCUUUCAUUUUCUUAUCUGUUAUUCGCUUCGUUGUUCUUUCCCUUUCCCCCGGUGAAUUACUUCAUCGCUAUUACUAUUUUGUGAUGUCGGCAUCAUCCACCUCUCGGGUCACCCCGUCUUCGUCCUCACGCACUAGCACUAGUUCUAAUCCUCCCUCUUCCUCUUCCCGCUCCUCCACCAUGUCUUCAGUUAUAUCUAGUAUUACCUCCUCAAUAUUGGCCCCUCCGUCCUCAACAACUAAU